CGCUGUUUGGCGCUUUAAUAUUUACGUUGAAGGAGCUUAAUUCAUUAAAUUUUUGAUGAAACAGUGAAUAAAAUAUGAAAAUGCCGGCGUUUUUGAAGUAUAUAGACAUGGAGAAUUUCAAGUCCUACCGGGGCCAUCACCGGAUAGGACCUCUGAAGUCCUUCACUGCUGUUGUAGGUCCCAAUGGCUCAGGAAAAUCAAAUUUUAUGGAUGCUGUGAGUUUUGUGAUGGGUGAGAAGACUUCCUUGCUCCGUGUGAAGCGCCUCAGUGACCUGAUCCACGGCGCCUCCAUCAACAAGCCAGUGUCACGCUGUGCGUCUGUGACGGCCACAUUUGUGCUGGAAGACAUGACUGAGAAGCAGUUCAUGCGGUCUGUGGUGGGACAGUCAUCUGAGCACAAAAUUGAUGGACAGUCGGUGUCGGUGAGCAGCUACCUGGGCGAGCUGGAGAAGCUGGGCAUCAAUGUAAAGGCCAAGAACUUCCUGGUGUUCCAGGGCGCCGUCGAGAGCAUCGCCAUGAAGAACCCCAAAGAGAGAACUGCGCUCUUUGAAGAGAUCAGUGGGUCGGGCGUGCUAAAGGAGCAGUACGAGGCGUGCCGCGCGGAGGUGAACCGCGCCGACGAGGAGGCGCAGUUCUCGUACCAGAAGAAGAAGGGCGUGGCGGCCGAGCGCAAGGAGGCCAAGUUCGAGAAGGAGGAGGCCGAGAAGUACACGCGCCUUAAGCAGGAGCUGGUAAAGCUAGAACCAUAA